AUGUUAGCCACAGCCAUACAUAUCAAGAAUUGUUUAGAGGAGAAUGUUCAUGAUUUUACUGGUCAGGAUCUAGCAUAUAAGAUUCAAGAACGGCUAGUUAUAUUCACAGGAAUCAUAUCCUUUAUUAUUGGAUUUUACUACCAAAAGUUUUACUAUACAGUUAUGACAACUCUAAUUGGAUUGGCAAUUACUCUUUUAAAUGGAGAUUCUUAUAGACUACUCCAUGGUCUCACUUUCACUGAUUUUAGACACAAACCUCGACCUGAUUACCUUCAAAACCUAAAUAUUUAUUUGCCUCCACCUUCUCCACCUUCUCCACCUUCUCCUCCUUCUCCUCCUUCUCCUCCUUCUCCUCCUUCUCCUCCUUCUCCACCUUCUCCACCUUCUCCACCUUCUUUGUAUCCACCUUCUACACACUACUCAAAAUCAGAAAAAAAACUAGUUCACAAAUUCCCAAGUAAAUGUAAUAUUAAUGUCAGCAGACGCGACCUCAAACAUCCUAUGAGAAUACUUCAAUAUAUGUGA